AUGUUGAUUAAAUCCUUCUACAAAAAUAUAAAAAAUGCUAUUGGUGCACAGAUGACAGUUAUACAACAGCCGACAAUUCGAAACCGCGCCCAUUCCUAUCUGCCUCUUGCGCCAUGCCAUGCGAAGACUCCGACCUCUGCAGCAGCACGUUGGCGGGCAGUGACAACUCGAGAUGCUUCAGCGGAUACGUUUGUCUACGCAGUUCGUUCAACACGUAUCUACUGCCGUCCCUCGUGCCCGGCACGCCUUGCGCGUCGUGCGAAUAUCGAGUUCUUUGACACUCCUGCACAGGCGGAAGCGGCGGGGUUCCGCCCGUGCAAACGCUGUACUCCUCACCUCCAUGUGAGGGACGAUCCCCACGUUCGAGUGGUACAACAAGCGCGCGACACAAUCGCCGCCGCCGUCUUAUCGGGGCAGACACCAAAAUUGCAAGAGCUGGCAGCGGAGGCGAACCUCACACCGAGCCAUUUUCAUCGGGUAUUCAAGAAAAUCACCGGCAUGACUCCUGGACAAUAUGCUCGAACUAUGCGAGAAGAAAAGAACGAUGGGGGAGAGAUUGGUCUUGAGCAAGCGGGGAAUGAUGAUCCAGCAAUUUCGCUGGAGUUUGAUGACCCCAAUCAGCCGGUUGAUCUUUGGCAGUCUCAGGCGGACGCUGCUGCAGAUCUCCCAGAGAACGACAUCUCUUUGGAUGAUCUCAUCGACUGGAAUGAAUUUGACGCAAUGAUGGCCAGGGAGCAACUGAAUGUUGGAGAUCUGGGCUCUGAUCUCACGCACAGCUUAUUGAGAGACACUCCUCAAACAGGCUCAAUCACCCGAAGGCAGGCUAAUUACUCCGUAUAA